GUGUAGCCAAUUUAGCUAUGAGCUAACCCGGAAAUGCUUUGUUUUCCACAUGGUGUUAUGGGGAAGCAACGUGCGCUUGUUGGGAGCUAGCGACCGUAUGUGACCGCAGCAGCAGCAUUGCUAGGUAGUUUACAUUCGGAUUAGACCCAAAUAUCUAGCCCAUGUCAGCAAGUGGAGUUACAUGUGAGUAAUUUAAACUGCCACAUUUGGGCUUGAAGGCAAUCAGUUAUUGGGAAAUAAUAUACCAAUUUUACUGGGGGAAAGAGGUACACCGAACAAUCCGACAGCUAUGUCAACUAUACAAAAUGAACCCCAGCGCCACGAAGGUGCAGAGGAAGGAACUACUGUAGAACAACUUUCAGACGCCUUUACUGUCACUGUUGGAGCAACAGUUCCUACAGGGUUUGAACAUACUGCUGCAGAGGAAGUCAAUGAAAAAAUAGGAGCUGAUGUAAGAAUUAGCAAGGACCGUGGAAGGAUAUACUUCGAAAUAACUACAGAAGACUUGCCCCGGGUACAUCAUCUGAAGUCAGUUGACAACUUAUUUGUGGUGGUGGAACAAUAUAGCGACUAUCAGUUUAAAGACACAAAGGAGGAAACAUUGGAGGACUUCCAGAAGCUUGCUUCCAAGCUCUCCUGGACAAACCCCCUUGAAGUGUGGAGAGUAAACAACGCCGUGAAAAAGAAGAGGUGGCGCCGUAAAGGGUUAAAUGGCCCCAAGGGAAAAGCCGGUGGGGACAGUGGCAAAGACGAGGUAGAAACGGUCACCACGGAAACGGAGGGCCUCAGGCUGGAAUCUGGAACGCCAGCAGGUGGCAGCGUGGAGCCUGAGGGUGACGGUGCCCUGAAUAACGGGGCCCCAGGCGAAUUGGACAAGGAUGCGGAGGAGCAGGAGGAAGGGGCCGCAGACCCACUGCUCAAGUUCAGAGUGACUUGCAAUAGGGCAGGGGACAAGCACAACUUCACCUCUAACGAAGCAGCGAGGGACUUUGGGGGAGCCGUGCAAGACUUCUUCCUAUGGAAGCCAGAUAUGACCAAGUUUGACAUCGAGGUGCUCUUGAACAUCCACAAUAGCGAGGUGGUGAUCGGCAUUGCACUGACGGAGGAGAGUCUCCACAGGAGGAACAUCACACACUUUGGACCCACCACCCUGCGCUCCACCCUGGCCUAUGGCAUGCUCAGACUUUGCAAGCCUCAGGUUUCUGAUGUUGUAAUUGACCCGAUGUGUGGCACUGGAGCUAUACCAUUAGAGGGAGCCAUGGAAUGGGAGCACUCCUUCUACCUGGCAGGAGACAACAAUGACAUGGCAGUGAGUCGCACAGUCAAUAACAUUGGCCAUGUCCACAAGAAGAGACAAGACAAGGGCAGCACAGCCUGGGGUCUGCCCAUAGACACAGUGCAGUGGGACUUGUGCCAUUUACCCAUGAGGACCAACUCUGUGGAUAUUAUUGUCACGGAUAUGCCCUUUGGAAAGAGGAUGGGAUCAAGGAAGAAGAACUGGGAUCUGUACCCUUCUUGUUUGAGGGAGAUGGGCCGUGUUUGCAGACCUGGAACAGGAAAGGCUGUGUUGUUGACUCAGGAUAAGAAAUGCUUUGCCAAGGCUGUGUCAAAGAUGGGGGGACUUUGGCGGAAGUCCCUCACUGUGUGGGUAAAUAUAGGGGGGCUACAUGCAGGUGUGUACCUCCUCAAAAGAACCGCAGCUGUUUUUGGGACGACCCCCGAAGACGUCAGGGAGCCACAAGGAGCCAGUGAGACAGCAGGGGACACAAAGGGGGAUGAAUAGAAAAAUUCAAGCCUCUCUGGUGUGCAACAUUUUAACUAUAUUACCUCUGAGUUUUAAGACAUUUGCGUUUUCAUGAGUGUUGUAGAAGUAGAAGAGCUAACCCCGGAAGUUCAGAUGCAUUUCCUCAAAGAGUUUCACAAGACACACCAUUUAUUUAUUUAUUUUUUGUUCUAUUUGCAGGCAUAUGUCGUAAUGGAAAGAACAGACUUAUUGCUAUCUUCAAUGAAUCCCAUUUAAGUUAGGAUUACCAGAGAUAGUUCUUAUUAUGUAAUAAUUGUUAUUUUGGUGUGUUUGGAUUGUAUGUUGCACUGGUUAAACUAAAGAAGUGUGAACUGUACAUUUAAGAAGUUUUGAAUUGAAGUUGUUGGCAAGAAUUUCAGGGCCUAGACAUAGUUAACCCUGCAUUUACCUAAUUGAAUGUUUAAUAAAUAUAGCUUUAUUAAAUGA